AUGUCUUAUUACGAUAAUCAGCAAUGGCCUGCCUCCGCCGGCCAGCCCGCCUGGGAGAAUCAGACGCCGCCUGCUCGAUCUGGUGCCAGCUCAGUUGUCCCGCGCGAGGACUCGACCGCGUUCAGCACACAAAUAGAGGAGGUCGACCGGGCGAUCGAUAACCUCGUCAAGAGUGGGAAAAUGUUUGGCAUGGCUGGUCGACGCGACUCGGUGCCAGCUACCGGCGCUGCAAGAGCCUUCCCCGAACAAUUUGAUCCCCGUAUGGGAGGAGGCCCGUCGAGGCACCACUCAGUUAGUGACUUCGGUGAUGCGCGGUCUUUCUCAGGCUCAAACCUCCAGAGCUUCUAUGCCAGCCAGCGACACCAACCCUCGCGGGGCGCAAAUGAGGCCGAACAGGUGAUGCAGGCGAAGAGAAGGAUGGCAGCGCAGCGAGAGCGAGAGCUGCGGAACUAUCACCAAGAGCAGCAGUACAAUCGAAGCGUUACAGCUGAAAUCACAACUCCCGGAGGCAAACCUGACCGUACCAUAAGCCCAGGUAGCGGAAUGAGCGAGGAAGAACGACGCGAGUUGAUUGCCCGCCAGAGAAGCGCGCUCUAUGGUGAAGGUCCAGCCUUUGGAGAGAACGGGGCUUUCAAUGAGAACGGGACUCCUCGUCCAACAACCCAGGGCUCCGGGUCCCAGUCCGCGACGGGCCUUCGUGGUCAAUCCCCUUUAGCCUUUGAGCAGUUCAAUGCCCAAAGCAAGGCGGAGAACUCGAACCAACAAGCUCCAACUGAGCCUCAGUCAGCAACCGGACAAGCUCCAGGGCAGCCGCGCUCCCGUGCCAACAGCACCUCGUCGCCUUCGUCCAACCCAACGAGCAGCUUCAGCCUAUUUGACUCUGCGGCCCAGCAAUCCAGCCGAACAUCGACAUCCUCCCCAGGCGGAUCACCUCCUCGCCAAGGUGGCAAUGGCAAGGCCCCUACGAGCUCUGUCGUCGCGCCUAUUGGGACACGCCCAAGCGGACAGGCCCAAAAUCCUGCGUUGAACAAGCGCUCCACCACCCCUCUGCCAUCCCCAUUGAGCUUCGGAUUUGCAGCUUCUCAGCAAAAGGAGGAAGGUCAGAGCGGCGAGAAAGAGACCCGAACCACAUCCGCGGCUUCCAAUUCUAAUAACGGCCAGCAGCCUCAACAGGAUGUCGGACUCGGUUGGGGAAGCAAGAGUGGUGUUUGGGGUAAGAAUUCGCUCGGCGUCCAGGCUUCGGUUUGGGGAUAA